AUGACUCCUCACCAAAAUGGCUUGAUCGACUUGACGCGACUUGAAGCCAACGUCAAGGUAACGAUUGCAGACGGCAGGAAUUUUUUCGACGAAGGAGCUGGAACAUUGAAGCUUAUCGGCGUCGAAGGAAUACGCAUAUCGGUGAUGGAAAAGCUGCUUAUCCCUGGACUUGACAGACGUUUAUUGUCGGCGGGCAAGUUUGCCGAACGUGGAGCGGAUCAAUACGUCUACGUAGAAAAAGGAAAAGAAGGUUUUGUAUUGGAUCUUGGUAUGGUGAAGGUCAUCUUGGGCAUGGAGAUCGACCACGUCAGGUCAGCUUCCACACUAAUGAUCAAGCAGACACGGUAUAUUAGCGACGUGGCUGAGCGAUUUGAACAGACAAACGCCAAGGACGUCGACAAUCUGUCUCAAGUUAUCAAAAAAACGGACGAGCAACUUGAUGAGUUUGGGCACCCAAAGGCCAACACGGCAUCUGUACUGGUCGCCGCCACCUGCAGCAAAUUUUCUAUGAAGCAGGCGGAAGGAGGUACAUGGCAAUCGCCUAAUCAUUCAUGGCACUAG